AGGUGAAAAGCCCUUCAGGUGUCCUGAACCUCAUUGUCAGAAAUCUUUUGUAACUUUGUAUAAUAUGAAAGCUCACAUGUCAAGGCAUGCAAAAGAAUCAGUAGAGGAGCUGAAUUUUGUUGCAAAUUCUGACUUGAAUGUGAGUGAGAAUUCUAAUACAUCCUUGCAGACAGUACGUCCAGGCAGUUCGGUAGUCAGUGUACCUGUAUCUACAAUAACCAUAGAAAAGAUGCCAGAUGGAAGUUUAACAGCUUAUGCUGUGAUUCCACUUGGAAAUGUGAAUGUGUUGCCUCCACAAUCUCUGUCUUCAGAAACUGUAACAACUUCUUUAGUUCAGGAACCUAUCAGAACUGAUAAGGGAACACAGCCAGAAAUUGAUGCUGAUUCCAUUACCUCUCCUGUGCCAGUGCCAAGUAUGGAAGUCGAACCGGAGCCGGGCUCCGAACUCGGAAAUCCAUUAUCGCAUUUAGCCGAGUCUCUAAACUGUGCAGAUCCAGUCAAUGCAGAAUUUCCAUCAGAUGAUACUGUACCCGUGGAAGAUAUCAUAUCUGCUUCUGCUAAACUAGCAGAUAUUUGUAAAUGUGGGCCUAACAAAUGUAAGCCUCAUGGUCGGUGUUGUAAUGGCUGUCCUGGUAUGGAAGGUCAUUAUUGUCAUGAUGGUAAUUCUGAUGAUCCUGCCGAUGUUCCCGUUAUCGAUAGUUCCUUGUUCAUGCAACCUAAUGAAAAUUCAAAUUCCUCUGCCACAGCAUAUACUAUCAGUGUUCCUGAAAGCAUAACAACAGAUCUGAGUGAUGAGAAUUUAAUAUCUGUUGUAGAUGCUUCGUGCCAAACUGAGGAAGGGGUUGUUGGAGAGGCCGUUGAGUGUAAUCGAUCUUGCCUUAUAUCAAUCGAUAAAGAAACACUGUCUCUGUAUAAACAGUUUCAACACUCUAGCGGUGGAUGCUGUGUUCAUUCUUAAGUCUAGAGAUAACAGUUCUCUAACCAUAUAUUAGUGAAACAGUGUACAUAUUUGAAAUGUUGAUAUGAAUAUAGCUUUUGCAGUGUAUUGACUGUUUUGUGAUAAUCUUACGUACCAUCAGGUGCUAGAUAAGCAUAUUUUUAACAUUGUACAAAUGUAAUUUAAUUGCAUUGAUAGAGGGAAUAUUAUUCAUAGAGUAAGAAUUUUUGCUUAUUUAUGGAUAUUAAAUAAUAUAUUUUUAUUUUUAAAUGAAUUGAGGAAAAUAUGAGUUUAAAAAAGAUUAUAACUUUUUGCAGCAUGAUUAAAGACAAAAUCCCCUGAUUGUUUCAGAAUACAUUAUUGCUGAAAUUUACUUAAAAGUAGGGCUGAUGAAAAUACUUAUUUUUAUCAUUUGAUUCUUAAGGUUUAUUUUUAUGGCAUAUUUACUUUGAAUUUUAGGUAAAUAUUUUAAUUAAUUUGUUUAUGUUAAUUUGACAUUAUUUCUUUGUUGAUAAAAUUUUAUAUGUUUGAAAAAAAGAAUCAAUUAAGUGUUUGGUGAUUGUUUUGAUUCCUUUCAUAAUGAUUUUAAAUAAUAAUAUUUACUAAAUAUCUAAUCAUUUAUAAUAAAAUGACUGUUCUUUUCUCUCAGCUUAUGUUUCUAAAAUGCCACAAAAGUCUGAUUUAAAAAAUGUUAUUAAAUAUGGAAAGUAAAUGUUUAUGCCAGAUUUUUAAAAUGCAAAAUUAUAAUAAAUUGUAUACUGAAAGUCUAAGUUCAUAAAUAGUAUAAGAUGGAUCAGGGUACUGAUUUAUAAUGUAUUUAGAUGUAAAAUUUUGCUAUUAAAAUGAGUAAAAGUUUAUAUGUUGCUCAUCAUCAUAAAUGAAGAAUUGUAACAGCUAUGUGAUCAUCAUGAACUAGAUAAAAAGCUAAAUAUUUUAAUGUUAGAUUUUAUUGAUUAUUAUUAUUUAUUUAAUUUCACCUAAUCUGAAUGAUUGCCUUUAAUAAUAAGGUCUUUAUUAUCUUUUUAAUAAUCUAUGCCAUAAAGCAUUUAAAUGGAAAAAGCAGCAGGAAUUUGAUCAUGCACAUAUAAUUAAGUACUAUAUUAGUAAGUAAUUACAAGCAAGCAAAUUUGCCGAAGAUAUAGUGGUUGUAAUGGAGAGAAGGAGAAAACUGAAAAUGUAUAUACAGUAAAAACUCAGCUGCCUAGAAAGCUUGGCAAAUGCAUAAUGCGAGAUACUGGAAAAUUUCAGUAAUAAAAAAAUAAAAAAUGCACUUCAUAGUAGCGGAACCAAAUCAAUAGAAGAAAUUUCUGAAAUUAUAAAAACAUCUAAUUUGUUAUCAACUUGAAUGUCAAAAGCUGUUCCCCCCCCCCCCAAAAAAAAAGAAAAGGUUUCCUCCUUUUUUUUUUCUUUUUUUUUUUAAAUUGGAUUUCAGACAUAAAAGUCUGUGUAUUUUGUGGGUCUUACACAUGUAAAGUAAAAAUCAGUAUCUAAUCAGAUUAUGAAAUCCCAUCAGUUACAAAAAUUGAUAAUGUUUUCAAAUGUGUCAGUCAUUUCAGCUGAAGUUUAAAUAAACAGAUAUUUCUUUACUGAGAUAAUCAGCAGAUACAUUUCUCAGAUGUUGCUUAUAAAAACUUAAAUCACUUAGCGUAAUUUUUCACAUUGUAUUACCAUUGUUUAUCUGUUUUCAGAUAAAGACCAUAUUGUGUGCAUUAAUGUACACUUUUCAUGAUGGCAAUACCCUGUAACUUUAAAAAUAUUCCGAUGCAUGGUCUUCCAUUAAACACAGUUCUAAAAAAGAAAAGAAUUUUUUUUUUUAUAUUAAUGUGGGAACGUUUUGAAAAAUUUUGCUGUUUUCGUAAAACAACAGCAUUAAUUUUAUUCUAUAUACCACAUACAAAGGUAAUUUUUUAUAAGUUUCAGUUAUUAUAUCAUCUAUCUUCAAGUAUGAGGGUCUUUUACAUUUCUUGCUGGAUUAUUGGUAAAGCAGCAAUCCUCUAUCAGUAUAACUUUCCUAUCAGAUUUCCUCUGCAGAAUAUUGCAAACUUACUUGAAGACCCUAUACUAGUAAGCUCUUGAUUCUCUAAUGAAUGGAAUAAGCAAACGUGUUAAAUUUGCUAUAGUAUAAAUUGCAUGGGAAUGAAAGAAUUAAAAAGUAGAGAAUCAAUCCAACUUUUAAGUUGUAUAUACAUAUUGAGAAUUAGUGAUAUAAGUUUAAAUGAAAUUAACUAUUAAAUAAAGGUGGAUCAAUUACUUUAUUAUUUUAUUUUACAAUAUAACUCGAACUUUGUACAACCGUGAGCAGAAACAUUAAUUAAAUCAUAAAAUUAAUCAAAAACUGUACUGUGCACUGUGUUUUAGAUAAAAACAUUGUUAAACAUUAAGGAACUUGUAGUGCACAUGUACAGCACAUUAAACUAAAUUUAACUUCAGAGCAGAAAACUGGCCUUUGCUUGAACUAAAACAUAAUAAAAUUGCAACUUUGUCAGUGCUAAAGAAAGAAACAUUCACUUUUCUUCCACAGAUAGAGAAAAAUUCAUCCAUGCUUUCACAUAGAGUGAGGGAAAAGGAGAAUCCCUUUGAUCAGCUGAGUGCACCCAUGUCAGUUAUGGAGUGUUCACAUGAGGGCUUUGCAGUCGCAAGUGGCAAAAACCAAACUUUGUUGAUAAGCAACCAGAUCUUUCUAUGUCGCAGAAACUAGUAUAAGGAUUUUGUCUAAAUGAAAUGUUCACUUUCUGCCAACUUGGUAUAAGAACAGACCAGUGACACUGAAGAAACUGUAAACUGAUAAAAAUUUUAUCAAUGAUUUUAUUCAUGCAAGCACAACUUUACCAUCCCAGUUUGGCUAUGGUGUAAACCUUGUUACACAUGUGUGAAUAAAGUUGAAUUUUACAUCUUAAUACCACAA